AGCGGAAGCAGUUUGACUCCGCCCCCUCAGCCUCUCGGAGCUUUAUAAAUUAAAAGCUUUUGGGAAGCAGACAGUAAAACGUGUUCACAACUACGAAGAAAUGCAAAGGCCACCAAAGCCACAGUUUGCCAGAUGGCUCAUAGAGCAAGUGGAAACAGGCCAAUACCAGGGCCUGCGUUACGUGGGCCAAAACAAGUUCAGAGUCCCCUGGAAGCACAACUCACGGAAAGACUGCAAUGAUGAGGACAGUAAAAUAUUUAGGGCAUGGGCUGUAGCAAGCGGAAAAAUCCACGAGUUUCCCAACGACAAAGCCAGGUGGAAAACCAACUUCCGCUGCGUGCUGAAUAACCUCAAAGAACGCUUCAAGAUGGUUCAGGAUAAUUCAGAGAAUGCAGAGGAUCCUCAUAAAAUCUAUGAGAUUAUCAACACAGAGAGUAACACUGAAAGUUUGCAAACACAAGGCUCUCCUGAGGAUUCUGGUAUUAUUCCAAACAUCUACAGCAGUUCCACAGACUACUUCCCCUCAGCCAGUGAGAGCAAUCUACUCAACAACUUUAUGGCCAUGGAUCUGGGAAAUGAGUCAACAGAGCAGCAGCAGCAGUGGACACAGAACUACACCCACUACAACCCGGCUGUGCCUGUUGACUACCCUGAUGUUUCAGGAGCAGACAACAACACACAGUUUCAGCCAGAUCAUGCAUGUUGCUAUGAAGCAAAUCCAGAGCCAGCCCUGGAUUCACCUCCUCAGCUGACAAUCUUUGAUCUUGAGAUCUCCAUCCACUACAGGAAGAGAGAGAUGCUAAACAUCAGGCUAUCCACAUGCCGUCUGCAGCUCCACUACCACCAGGAGGCGCCUGAGCUCAAUGCCCAUCAUCUCUGCUUCCCUGAUACUGUCGGUCUGCUGGACCACAAACAGAUUGAUUACACAACUCGCAUCCUUCACAGCAUACAGAAAGGGCUCCUCCUGGAGGUGAGGGACACUGGUAUCUAUGCCUGUAGGCAGGACAGGUGCCACGUGUUUGCCAGCACCAGUGACCCCAAUGUGGCUCAACCAGACCCAAGAAAACUUCCCCAAAACACCAUGGUGGAGCUGCUUAAUUUUAAGACCUAUGCAAAUGAGCUUAAGCAAUUUCGAGAGAACAACAGCAGUUCGCCCAACUACAUCAUCAACAUGUGCUUCGGAGAGAAGUUUCCUGAUGGAAAACCGCUGGAGAAGAAGCUUAUUGUUGUCAAGGUGGUUCCACUGAUCUGCCGGCACCUUCAUGAGAUGGCCCAGUUGGAUGGUGCAUCGUCUCUUCACAGCUCCAAUAUCAGCCUACAGAUCUCGCACAAUAGCCUCUAUGAUCUCAUCAAUGCUGCCUUUGAUCUGCCAAUAGCCAUGGAGCCCAUGCAGGCUGCUAUGCGCUUUUAGAUCAGCACUGCAAAAAUUUCUAAACGUUAUCGUUCAGUGUGGCGUCACAUCCUCACCUGACCCAAAGGCUCGUAAAACCAUAAGGAAUAGGGCAUGUGAAUGAAUGUAAUUAAACCUCAGCGGUGGAAUUGCCUUAACUGUCAACUAUGAGCUCCUGUCAAACAUAAUCCAUGUUGGCAAAUGGGCACCUACUGUCCUUUUUAGCACUACAAAUGUAAAUAUAUGGAUUGGCUUUUUUUUUUUUUUUUUGUGGCCAAAAGGUUAGUGUACUUUAUUCAAGCAUAGACCACCCCUGUCCAUUCUCCAUGUCAUGUGGACUUGCAUCAGGAGGGGCAUCCUGCAUAAAAUUCCCAUCAAAUCAACAUGCACAUCUGCUGCAGUGGCCCUGACUGUAAAAGGGAGAAGUCAAAGAGCCAACUGUUAUGUUACCCCUGCUAUAUUGUUGCCUUCAAUAUUGUUUACAGUGCAAAUAAAAUUACCAUAAAUUUAGUCAAUAAUGGAUGGUUUGACUAUGCAAUAAUCAAAUUAUGUGUAUCAUGAUGGUAAAUCUAUACCUUUAAGUUUUUUUUUUUUGUGGGGGUCAUAUAUUGUGUAUGUGAACUUCCAAAAGUGAUGUAAUAUACUGUACAUGUCAUAAAGCUAAAUACUUUAUGUUCAAGAUCAAAAUGAUUUAUAGUA